CCGGGCUGCGUGCCCCUGCCAAGUUCACGGUGACUCGUGUCCUCUGGGGCAUCGUCGCUGUGCUGCCGGGUUCACGCACCUCUGUAUUUCCAUGUGUGUUACAGGUAGGAAGAUGACUCGCCUGGCACAGGAACAGGAGAUAUGAGCCAUGGCCCUGUGAGACGUCCAGAAUUAAGAGCAAAUGCCUGGAGAAGUCCAGUUGCACAGAGCAGCGCCACAGCUCUUGUGAACCGUGGGCAUCAUCAUCUCUCAGACUUGCUCCUCUGGUCCCGAGCACUCUGCCAGCAUUUCCUACUCCACGAAUGGCUACUCAGAGGAAGCACUUGGUGAAAGAUUUCAAUCCUCAUAUCACCUGCUAUAUCUGUAAAGGCUAUCUCAUCAAGCCAACUACAGUAACUGAGUGCCUCCAUACCUUUUGUAAGACUUGCAUCGUUCAACACUUUGAAGACAGCAAUGACUGCCCCAGGUGUGGCAACCAAGUGCAUGAGACUAAUCCACUAGAAAUGUUAAGGCUCGAUAACACCUUAGAGGAAAUUAUAUUUAAGCUGGUGCCUGGACUUCGGGAACAGGAACUGCAGCGGGAGAUUGAAUUUUGGAAGAAAAAUAAACCUCAAGAAAAUGGACAAGAUGAAAGCCCAAAAGCUGAUAAACCCAAAGUAGACGAGGAGUGUGAUGAAAAUGAAGAAGAUAAAGACUACCACAGGAGUGACCCACAGAUUGCUAUCUGCCUUGACUGUUUACGAAACAAUGGGCAAUCGGGAGAUAAUGUUGUCAAAGGUUUAAUGAAGAAAUUUAUCCGCUGUUCCACUCGAGUGACUGUGGGAACUAUCAAAAAGUUUCUCAGCUUAAAAUUAAAACUUCCAAGUUCUUAUGAGCUGGAUGUACUAUGCAAUGGAGAGAUCAUGGGGAAGGAUCAUACUAUGGAAUUCAUCUAUAUGACAAGAUGGAGACUAAGAGGCGAAAACUCUUACCCUAUGGUACUUCAGUAUCGACCUAGAAUUGACUUCGGUUAGACCAAAGGGCCAGAUCCCACUGAGAUGAAUCCUGCACUAUUUGUUUACCCAUCGACAGAUUGCACAAUGAAUGGAUGUGCCUGGAUUAGGGGGGGACACAACCAGAUUUUCAGCAUGCAAAUAAGGACAUUGUCUUUCUUAAAAUUGUCAGUUGCAUCUCUGUUGUUUUUAUUAGAGCAAGCCAAGUGCCAUUCUGCUACUGAAAUGUGCAUAAGAUAUUUCUUACGAGUGUGCUGCAAAUCAUAGCCAAAAUCAUGACGUGUACAGUCGAGAUUCAAAAACUAUGGAACAUUUUUUGCUUGCGUGUUAGAAAAUUUUUCCGGUCCUAAUAUUGAUUACACUAGCAAAAUGGCAGAGUGCUCAUUCCAUGUGGUGUUGCAGUUUCACACACUUACUAUUUUACUGGAUAUUGUUGUUUAAACCAUAGAGUACUGUACAAAUAACUAAGGAUUAUACCUUGAAAAUAUUUUGUAUAGAAAAUAUAUUUAGAAAAGUGGUUAUUGGGCCACUACUUUUUUCUUGGUAAGUUUCUCAUGGGUCCAGGUAUAGCUCACUCAUGAGUGUGCAACAGUCCUUUUGCAGUGAAUGAAGAUUAAUUACCUUAACAAGAGAUGUAGAACAUGGUGAUUCAAAAUGGUAAUUUAACAUCUUCUAAAUAGAUUCUGCUAAUAUUGCUUAAAAGCAUCGCAGCCUUUGUGAUUGCACUUUUCUAUGGUUUCCCUAAAGACUGGAAUUUGGGAUACUAGCUAAUUUUGGAAAAUAUCUUCUGGUCAGAUUACAUUUCUUCUAAUAAACCCUCCCUAAAAAAUGAAGUUAAAAAUAAUGUAGAUGUCUAUGAAACAAAUAAAUUUCACUAGAAGACCACAACAAAGGCAAAAUUUGACAUAAUUAUUGCCUUUCAUAGUAAGCAUUUCCUUUUAAGAUUAGUUGGAGGUAUAUAAGACAAAAAUAACAUAUAGCUUUAAUUACAUUAUAUAUCUCUUGUGACUACCUGGAGAUUAGAAUUCAUUACAGAAUUUUUCAUUAGUUAAAGUCACAUCAUAAAAUAUUUCCAUGAAAUUAGAGGUAAUGCAAUACUGAAGAUAAGCAGUCUGACCAAAAUAAUUGUUCAGGUCAUUAUUUUUCUAAGACCUGUUAGUGCUGGAUAAAGUGAUUGUUGCCUUAGGUAUUGCAAGCAUGAUGGUUCUAGUGUAGAACGUUUAUUGGGGUUUCUGGUAAUGUUGCAGGGAGCAUGGUAAUGCAUAUGUCUUCUGUAGUCUUCUGUUGUCUUUGCUUAAAAUUCAGUUGAGUUUUUCACUUUAAAUUCUAUGGAGAUACUUAUAGUUCAGUACUUUUAUGUAAUUUCUAUUUAAUGCACACCUGCUGGUAUCGUAGAUGACAAUUUACUUUGUGAGGCCUUUUGCAUACAGCAAAAAGGAACCAAAUCAGUUUUUCAGAAGCUAGAAUAGAGUGAACUAAUUCUUCUUAGGUAAGACAAAGUGAAAAUUCUAUUUUGCGAUCAAGUAUAAAAAAAAUAGAUGCAAGGCUGUAACUCCUUUGUGAAUUUUUGUUCAUGUACCUUAGUAAGUUUCUGUAGGAGAACUAAGCAUGCUCUGGAUAAAUCUGCCCCCUCUAAUGUUAGUAGGAGUUCUAGCAUUGAUGACUUGAGGAAUCCAUAUGUAGUUGGGUUGAAUUCUACCGUUGCACUCCAAAGCCCAUGUGACAUGCAGAAAUAAAGAUGCAGUCAGUAGCAGUCUGUUUAGGAAACCUGCCAUUGCAGGUCAAGGUUGCACAUAUUGUGCAGAUGCCAGUGAAACCUGGGCUAGCAAAAUGUCAAAGCAGCUGCUGCUCCUUACUGCAGGCAUAGUGUGCUGACUGUUACAGGCACUGCUUUGCCCACACUGUAGAUAGGUGCAUGUGCUGGCUGCAGGAAAUGGUCAUCUUUUUGCCCACCCAGUCUAUGAUGUGCUACUUGACAGAAACAAGAAGAUACUCCGUGUAGGGAGGGCCCUUCUCCUCUGCAGAAUCUGUAGGGAAGCAGAGAUUCUUUGUAUGUACAGAGGUCCUCCUCACGGAGCAGCUUGGAAGAGCAGAGCAUGCAUUCUAAUUGCAAAUCAUUCUUCUCUUUAGUAUACACAGUUGUUUUGUACAGUAGAAAUAAGAUAUUAUUUGUAAAUACUUACAUGCACAUACAAAUGACACCUUACAGUUUUUAUAUAUUUCACGUGUUUUUAUACCAGAAUCUUCACUGUAGAGUCACUUGACAUAAAACGCUUAUUUCAGUUUAUCACAAAACUAAUGGUAGUACACUUAAGUAUGAUUUCUGCUUGGUUCAGGGGACAAUUUUUUUUCUCAACAGUUGUGCUUACUGUUUUGACAAGUUUGAGCAGACUUGUUUUAAAAGGAGAAAACCAUCAAUUUUUAAUCCAUUUUAAGUUACCUUACACAGAAGUUUUCAUCCACCCAACAGACCCCUGAAACAGGACUACUUUAUAUUGUUUUCUCAAUGGCAACUAGUAGAAGAUUUGACUGUUUAAUGGCUUUCUGUAUUCACAAUUAAGAGAACCAUGAAUUCUUUUGAUUGGACAUAGAUGCUGGUUUAGUUCAUAAUAUUAUCUUGAUGCAACUUAAAGCUAGAUUGCAGAAGGCAAAUCUUCAUUUUAAGCAUGGAAUAUACAGACAGAUACAAUUUAAUGUUCCCAGCUGAGAAUCAUGGCAUUAAAUGCAUAUGAUCUAGCCACCUACACUUCAUGCAUUUCUGAUUUGAUGGCACAGUGCCUGAAUGCUGUUACAAUUUAAUAGGUUUUGUAGCAGUAAAGUGCCAGCGAAGUAUGUAUCUUAACUGGGCAGCUUGUGUGACACAGGCUUUGCCUUCUUUACAGGAUGUUUCUCUCCCAUAUACUACAUAUGUGCCAUGUGUCUACAGAUAUGCAUAUUUAAUUCAUCUGUGCCAAUUAGAAGUAUCUGAACAGGAUAGGAAUAUGCUAAUGUGUCUAUAGAUUUCUGUGUGCCAAAGAUGGGGUAAAGUGAGAUGAGUACCUAAGCAUUCCAUUAAAACUGCACCAUAUGCCAUCUUAGAGCAGAUGACUGUAUACAGUCACACUUUCUGAGCAUUUCCAUGACAAAGUGUCAUAACGGCAUGCUUGUAAAGAAUAAGAAUAUAAAAUAAGUGUUGCUGCCACUAUGUUUCUAUGGCUUUCCCAUAUUGGCAGUACCUAGCUGUAGAGGAAGAAGACCUAAAAAAUUACACACUACUACCUAACCUUGCCAUCUCUUAUUUAGUAGAUUUGGUGUUUGGGUUUUUUUUUUUUACCGUAAAAGUGAAAACCUUCUAUCUGAUUUUAACUCUGGAGUAACUCAUUAAUGAAAGUCAUAAGUAACUUUUUGUUGAGCUUAGCUGUGUGCUGCAUUUGUCUAGGAAUGAAACGUAAAUUAGAAUUUACAGAUGAGAUCCUGUAAUAUCUUAAAUGGUAUGGAAUGAGAUGGUUAAUCAAGAAAUGUAUCUUCCACCACGCAUUACUACACUGCUCAUAGCUGAGGGCCUAGUCCUAGAAACAUAUUUUUAUUUGGAUGAAAUACCAAAUAAGAUUACUACAAUAAUCUUAAGUGACUCAUCACUAUAGUAGGUACUGUUCACAUGAAAGCUUCUACGAUUUGGGUCCUAGGAGUAUGCAGCGCUAUAUUGUGCAUACUCAGCUAGCUUGCAGUUAUUAUGCAAAAAAAAAAAGACAAAAA